GAGAGUAUCAAACGGCAAAACCUGAUGAAGCUCUUCAAAAGAUUCCUAUCUGUUUUUUAGUGAACCAAACCAAACGUUAGUUAUUUUCUUUUAACUGUACGCAAAGGCGAUUAAAGAGCCAGAAGGGUUUCACUUCUUUGGAUUAUCAUCAUCAUCAAACAUUAUCUGAGGUAGUUAUUCUUCCAUGGCUGCCAACAUUUAUCUGCUUCGGUCACCUCCUUCUUUUCAGGCCAUGAUUCACACGACUAGGCUCAGACCCACUACCUUCUCCUCCUCCUCUUCCUCUUCUGCUUCAUACCCAAUUGGACUAAGAGGUAAUAAUCAUAUGGGGUUGUCUGUAAUUACAUGUUCUUCUUCAAAUGGGAGAGAGCCUGACUCGGAUAGUGAAGUGAAGAAGGUUGAGGAAAUACUGGCACAGAGGAAGCGCGCUGAGCUCUCUGCUCGAAUUGCCUCUGGAGAUUUUACUGUAAAGAAAUCCGGUUUCCCAUCUCAAGUGAAGAAUGGUUUGUCAAAGUUGGGAGUUCCUAAAGAGACAUUAGAAUUUUUGUUUAGUUGGGUUGAAGACAGUGGAGACUAUCCUAAAGUUCCAGAGGCAAAAGGGUCUGUUAGAGCUGUCCAAAGCGAGGCCUUCUUUAUCCCCUUGUACGAGCUUUUCACCACAUAUGGUGGAAUUUUUAGAUUGACUUUUGGACCCAAGUCAUUUUUAAUAGUGUCUGAUCCUUCCAUCGCUAAACAUAUACUGAGGGAUAAUUCAAAGGCAUAUUCAAAGGGAAUCUUGGCUGAAAUUUUAGAGUUUGUCAUGGGGAAGGGACUUAUCCCAGCUGAUGGGGAAAUAUGGCGUGUUCGUCGACGUACUAUUGUUCCAGCAUUGCAUCUCAAGUAUGUAGCAGCUAUGAUCAAUCUCUUUGGACAAGCUACAGAUAAGCUUUGUCAGAAGCUAGAUGCUGCUGCAAGUGAUGGGGAAGAUGUUGAAAUGGAAUCGCUCUUUUCUCGUUUGACAUUGGAUAUCAUCGGCAAGGCACUUUUUAACUAUGAUUUUGAUUCUCUGACUAAUGAUACUGGGAUAGUUGAGGCUGUUUAUACUGUCCUAAGAGAAGCAGAGGAUCGGAGUAUCUCACCCAUUCCAGUCUGGGAGAUCCCAAUAUGGAAGGACAUAUCACCAAGGCAAAGGAAGGUUUCUAAAGCUCUCAAAUUAAUCAAUGACACGCUUGAUAAUCUGAUUGCAAUAUGCAAGAGGAUGGUUGAUGAAGAAGAGCUGCAAUUUCACGAGGAAUACAUGAAUGAAAAGGAUCCUAGUAUUCUUCACUUUCUUUUGGCCUCAGGAGAUGACGUUUCGAGCAAGCAACUUCGUGAUGACUUGAUGACAAUGCUUAUUGCUGGGCAUGAGACAUCAGCUGCGGUUUUAACAUGGACAUUUUAUCUUUUAUCCAAGGAGCCUCGGGUUGUCGCUAAGCUUCAAGAGGAGGUUGAUUCAGUUCUAGGUGAUCGGUAUCCAACCAUUGAUGACAUGAAGAAACUCAAGUAUGCGACUCGAGUGAUCAAUGAAUCUCUAAGGCUUUACCCACAACCACCAGUGCUAAUCCGUCGCUCUAUUGACAACGACAUGCUCGGUCAAUACCCUAUAAAAAGAGGAGAGGACAUAUUUAUUUCUGUCUGGAAUCUGCAUCGUAGCCCAAAUCAUUGGGAAAAUGCAGACAAGUUCAUACCUGAAAGAUGGCCCUUGGAUGGACCUAAUCCAAAUGAGACUAAUCAAGGUUUCAGUUAUUUGCCCUUCGGAGGAGGACCCCGAAAAUGUGUUGGUGACAUGUUUGCUACCUAUGAGACUGUAGUGGCGCUUGCUAUGCUUGUUCGAAGAUUUAACUUCCAAAUGGCAGUUGGAGCCCCUGAAGUAAAAAUGACAACAGGAGCAACAAUUCACACAACGGACGGGUUGAACAUGACGGUGACUAGAAGAGUAAAACCGCUGAUAGUGCCCAAAUUGGAGACGCAAGCAUUGAAUUUGGAUUCAUCAGCAGUUUCUGGUGUUACUGGGAACGAUCCACUCGUUGGCCAGACCGGUUAAGUUUCUUCUUCUGUACAUUCAUGGUGCAGCUCCCCAGCUACAUAUUACUUGUAGAAUAUUACAUGUGACAUUUAUUCUAAAGGGAAAGCAAUUCAAAAAGGAAAAGAGUUAAUUGAUAGA